UCCUCUCGAGUUCCACCUAUCGGCUCUUUUGGACUGCAUGCAACCCCCGGGACGUCUUCAGUGUCUCCGAGACUGGCCUCAGCAACCAAGCGAGUACAGUACAGUAUUACAUCUGACUGAGUACGCACACAGGCAGCCAGAUGAAACGCCAACAGGGCAAAAGGCCAACACUAGGCGCAAAUCCACCCUGAAACCGCUCGCUGUCUGGCCUCGGCCUGCACCAAACUAACUCCCUCCUACCCCGGCCAGCGCCUAUCCCAUCACUACCUGCACAUGCAUAUUGCAGAACAUCGUAGUCAGUGCUGACAUGCCAUGCCCCACAGUCUCACUCAUGUUCGUUUUCUUCUUUCGUCUCUUCUUCUUCUUCUUCUUCUUCUUCUUGAGCACUUUUCCUCUCGUCUCGUGUGUUGCUACCUCAAGUGCUAAUGCGUCCUUGCGGCCAUUUGGCCGCAUACUCAUGUGAUUCCCUACCAUCUAUUAUAAAAUCAUCACAGGGGAGAGAGAGCCCACCCAAGGACAGGGUGUCAACUGCUCUUUCUACUUCAAUAUCCUGUUAAAUAGCAUCUUGACAUGGUUUUAAAAUGCUGUCAAUAGGAUCUAGACAUAGCAUCAAGCCUUGAAUGAGUAUUGAUAGCUGAUCCUAGGGUGGGCCCGCCCUUGUAAUGAUCAUUGUACAUGUAGAACCAGUUUUGCAGCACCCUCGCACGACCGGUACUGCAUCCUCCGUUGAUCUUGUGUAUACUGAAACCGCGGUACCUGCCUACCAAGCACCACAACAAGGUUACUGUACCUGUCGGUGCAUGUACACCUACAUGAUCAACCAAGUACACACAUGUACAUAUGUACCCAUGUUGCACUCCAUCGGAUGAUACAAUCCGGACUCGAACCUGCAUCAAAGACGUGAUAGGGGGACAAACUCUUCUUUGGAGCUUUGGAGGGGUAACUUCAACAGAGUUUGGGCCCCAUGCCCUACUAGACGCAUAUUUCCCCUUUUGCCAUGGGAUUAUUUUGCUUGUUUCACGUCAAUUCAUCUGCUCCUGGUACCUUUGCUUCACUGCCAAUGCCAAUAUCAUCGUGACUCAAAAUGCUUUUGCCCAGAGUUUCCGUUGCUGUAUCCACAUGUCGUAUCCUCGACGUCUCACUCUAUGCAACAAUGUCACAGUGUAUCAUGGCACCAUUCAAUUAGGACAAUAUAUGUUGUUUACCAACUAUCAUCUCUAG